CUAGGAUAUUCACUGACCCAGAAAAUGCUGAGAUAGGCACCCUUGAAUCACAGUUUUCAGAUGAAAACAACCUCCCUUUCUUGGAUUACAUUCGGACUUCGAGAAUCAACAUCAAUAUUAGACAGUUUUAGAACAGGGGAUGGGAUUUAUAAAGGAGUUUGCCGAGAAUUUGAUACUCCGGCUGAUGGAGGAUCCGAAGGAGAGGGAUAGGAAGUUCAGGGAGCAUUUAUAUAAUUUGAAGGAUAGGUGCCAGAAGACCAAGGAAAUGUGGAGCUUGCCCCUGCGUCCCUAUGGUUUCUGGACAUUUGAUCGCCACAAUGCUCAGAUUUUCUGGGAUUCCCAGAUCAGUCAAGUCCCAGGUCGUCGAGACCCCUAUGAUGACCUUCUCCAGGAUCCCAAUGUCCACACCAGUACUUCCUUUUCCCCCAAAUGAUUUGUGAGUUUUUUACUAUUCUUGAAUGUUGUCAUAUUGGAGUAUGGACACCCCCAUUUUUUUCGCAGACUUAAGUGUUAUAUUCUCUGUUGAUACAUUUUUAGUUCUUAUGUGAUAGUUGAAACCCUUUUCUCGGUGUGAAGAAUCAAAAGUUGUUUUGAUGCUGAUUAUAGUGAGCUCUUUCUUUUUAGAAGACCAA